AAUUUUGUCCUUUUUCUCCUUCCAACAAUAUAUAUUCCACCCUUGUAUUCACUACUGCCCCACGCUAGUACUGUGAGCUUGCAAGCUGGUGUUUUAACUUUGGCGUUGUGGUUGCCGGUUCAGAACAUGUCGCGCACUCACACGAUACAGUCGAGUAUCAAGUGAUCAUAAAUAUAUCAACAUUCAUCAUCUGGAUUAUACAAUUUGUUUCAUCAGUGAAUAAAAUCAUUUUUUUUUUUUUUUUUAAUUGCUAUUUAAAGACUAUUUUUAUUUAAUUAUCUUAUCAAAAUUUGUUUUUGAUUUUUUGGAUUGUUUUUUAUAAUUUCUUUUUAAAUUGGAGGGAAAUUUUUUUAGUGACAGCCAUUUUGGUAUAUGGUACAGAUUUAAAUGAUGAAUUGAGUACAAGGACUGUUAUGAAAUUUAUAUUGUGUGUUGGAAAUGGUCAUUAGAAAUGGAGUAGAGAUAUAAUGGUAUUAAUUUUUUUGAAAAUUUGUAUGUUUUUAAUAAAACACGUGACACAUUGGGCGAAAUGAGACGAGACAAUUUGAAUUUUUGUCACUUGAAUUGUAGGACGAUUAGUGUUUUUUUUCGUUGAUACUUUGAUAAAAGUGUUAUUAAAAACAUUGUUAUAUUUACUGAAAUAAAAAUAUUUUUUUUGUGAUUAUAUAGACGUCUAGGCUAAUGCCAAGACGUCGUACUUCCUGCUAAAAACUUCCGGGCGGGAGUUUUUUUUUUUCUGUUUGUUUUAUUUUUGUUUUGAAUUGUUAUUGUUUUUCUUUUUUUUUUUUUUUGCUUUUUAUUUUGUUUUACUAUUUAUUUAUUGUGAAACAUACUGACAGUUUCUUAAUAAGAGAGCGAAAGAAUUGAGAAAGAAUUUUUUUGAGUGGUGACAUAUUGGUUAUUUGUGACUGAAUAAAUAUAUUGUGAAAAUUUGUGAAUUGUUAUUUACAUUAUCAACAAGUUGUGAAGAUGAUGUAUUCACCUGACAAGAUGAUGAGCAGUAAGGGUCUUCAUGGUACACAAAUUUCGGGACCAGGGUGUUUUCCCUCUGGAAGAUAUUCACCACCAUCUUAUCGAAGUGGUCCUGAUAACAUGCCACCACCACCAAGAAGGUGCAUGCCAAAUCCCCAGAGUCGAAUAUUAGAAGAUGCAUCGAUCAUGUGCAAUUCUUGGUCACCAAGGCACAAUGGUGAUUUAUUUGGUGGUUUAAAUAGUGGUCUUCAAGAUGGUCUUUUAUCAAGAGCCGAAGCACUUGCAGCUGAUCUAGGAAAACAUAAUUCUGGCACACCAAUGCAAUUAAAACAUGAUCCAGUAUCUGUUUAUCAUCAUGGCUCACAUAUGUCAAAUCCACAUUCAAAUAAUCGACCUCAUCAUCAGGUACAAUCACACCUAUUUAUGAGCCAUCCGGGAAUGGAAAGUCUAGACAUGUUGGAUCCAGCAAAUUCAAUGACAACAUUAACACCAAUGUCAGAAGGUGGUGGUGGUGGAGGAGGAGGUGGUCCAGGUCAUCAUGGUGGUAUACAUGGACCAUCAGUGUACGGUGGAAUGAAUGGAAUGAUGGGUCAUCAUCAUCAUGGUAAUAUUGGUGGUAGCGUACCACAUCCACAUCAUCAUCCAGCAAUGGCAGCAGCAGCAGCCGCAGCAGCUGCUGCUGGUUUACAUCCUGAUGCUGAUACAGAUCCACGUGAACUUGAAGCAUUUGCUGAACGUUUUAAACAAAGACGUAUUAAACUUGGUGUUACACAAGCUGAUGUUGGUAAAGCAUUAGCUAAUCUUAAAUUACCUGGUGUUGGUGCAUUAUCACAAUCAACAAUAUGCCGUUUUGAAUCAUUAACAUUAUCACAUAAUAAUAUGAUUGCACUUAAACCAAUAUUACAAGCAUGGCUUGAAGAAGCUGAAGCACAAGCUAAAAAUAAAAGACGUGAUCCAGAUGCACCAUCAGUAUUACCAGCUGGUGAAAAAAAAAGAAAACGUACAAGUAUUGCUGCACCAGAAAAACGUUCAUUAGAAGCAUUUUUUGCUGUACAACCAAGACCAUCUGGUGAAAAAAUUGCAGCAAUUGCUGAAAAAUUGGAUUUAAAAAAAAAUGUUGUUAGAGUUUGGUUUUGUAAUCAACGACAAAAACAAAAACGUAUGAAAUUUGCUGCUCAACAUUGACCAGAGGGUGGCUUGUGACAACAAAAUUGACUGUAUCCACCGCCACCACCACAAAACUCAAACAACCUUGAACCAAAACCUGAGCCACUUGGGGAAUAUCAAGGCUGGCCCUGAACACUUUGAACCAUCAACUUUUAAAUUAUAAAAAACAAAUAAAUAAAUAAAUAAUUUAUAAAAGAAACAAAGUUUAAUGAAAAAAAAAAACAACAAAAAUCAGGAAUAUUGAGAAAUAAAAAGUUCAAUUCAAUUAUGAAUUAAAUUUUUUUGCGGUUGGUGCGACGAAUUGGAUGUCACAGCCUCCAAGAGUAAAUAAAAUAUAUUACUCAAAAUUAAAAAAAAAUAAAUAAUUAAUUUAAACCUAAUCAGUGCCCCCAAAUUGAUAAAAAAAAAAAAAAAAAAUAUUAUAUAAAUAAAAUCUAGUUAUUUUGAAAAUUAAAUUAUAAAUGAAGAAAAAAAAAAAAUAAAUAUUAAAUUCAAUAAGAAAAAAAAGAAUAAUAUUAUAACUUGGUUAUUUUUUUUUUUUUCUUUUUGUUAGCUACUAAAAAAUAGCUAACAUAAAAGUUAUAUAUACAGUCUGAUCGAUCAGACAUAUAACCCACUUGGAAAAUGGUCUAUACCCUGGCACAAGACUCUGUAAACCGGAAGUCACGGAUGGACAGUAUUACCAGUCUACCUAAGACAGUAUAUAAAAUAUAAUAAAAAAAAGAAAAAAAAAGUAAAAUAAAAAACAUGAAAGAGAGUAAAACAUAAUAUACGCGCAUUGCGGUUCCCACGCUCUGCGUCUUUUACUGGGGUAGUUUAAUACCUUUCAAAUAUACAGACAAAAGUUUAUAUAUACAUAUGUAUAUAUAAGCAAUGUGUGGACACGUGUAUAUAAAAGAACCAAGUCAUACAAGGUGAAAUAAAUAUAAAAAUAAAAAAUAAAAUACGUUGAAUUAAAGUGUCAACUUAAAAGUUGAUUAAAAAUUUAAUAAAAUAAUAAUAUAUUUGCUUGAUAAAAAAAAUAAUAAAGUACAAUUCAAUGAAAUUUUUGAAAAUAUGUACAAUUAAAGUAACUAAUGGAGGAAAAUAUUAAAUUUUAAAUUUUAAUUAUUAAUUAUAAUAUAAUUGAUUAUAAUAAAGAAAAAUUAAAUUAAAUUAAAUUAAAUUAAAUAUACCUAUCAUGUAUUUGUUAUUAGAGUCAAUGUGCGAUUAAUUCGUGCAUAAAGUGAUAUUAAUCCUAAUGAAACGAGAAAAAAAAUUAAAUUAACAAAAAAAAUAGAGGAUAAACAUUUGAAAAAUAUUGUGGAAUGUUAUGAUAAAAUGGCAAAUGAAAAUUAAAUUGCAAUUUUGGUGAUUAAAAUAGUGAAGAAAGUGUUGAAUAGUGAUGUUGGACAAUCAGUGAAAAGACUGUAUUAUAUAUCAUAUCAAAGCAAUACCAUUUAGAUAGAUAAUAGAUUUAAAAAAAAAAAAAAAA